GCAGUACAUAUCCUGUGAAAGUUUAGGGGAUGUGCAACAAACGAGAGAAGCAGGAAUUCACAUUGUACUUACGAGGAGUAUUCUUCCACUGUGAAAUUGCACCAAAAGCAAUAACAACCUUUUGAGCCUCUAUCAUUAUGCUGCCCCUCUGGUGUUUGUCAACUGUACUGUUGUGUGUGUGGGGACUGAGUCACGCACAGCAUGAGCACUUGGGUUACCCUCCGGGCUACCAGGAACCUGUGCAAGAUCUUUACACAGCCCCAGAGCUUCCUGCAGAUACACCCAGGAUACAGCUUCGGCUGGCAGGAGAGAAACGCAAGCACAACGAAGGGCGUAUUGAGGUCUUCUAUGAAGGGGAGUGGGGAACUGUGUGUGAUGAUGAUUUCAACAUUCAUGCAGCCCAAGUGGUAUGCAGAGAAUUGGGUUACUUAGAGGCAAUCUCUUGGUCUCCAUCAUCUAAAUAUGGGAAAGGAGAAGGUCGUAUAUGGUUUGACAAUGUCCACUGCACGGGAAAGGAGAAGAGCUUGGCCCAGUGUGAAUCUAAUGGCAUUGGCGUGUCUGAUUGCAAGCAUACUGAAGAUGUCGGGGUGGUUUGCAGCGACAAGAGAAUCCCAGGAUUUAAGUUUGUCAGCACCCUAACCAACAACAUUAAUAGUCUGAACAUUCAGGUGGAGGAUGUUCGUAUACGUCCCAUCCUGUCAUCAUAUCGAAAACGUAUCCCAGUGACAGAAGGCUAUGUGGAGGUGAAAGAUGAAGGCCGGUGGAAGCAGGUCUGUGAUGAUGAAUGGAGUCAGAUGAACAGCAGGGUUAUCUGUGGCAUGUUCGGCUUUCCUGGAGAGAAGAAAUACAAUACCCGCGUGUACAAGAUGUUUGCCCGUAGGAGAAAGCCAUCGUACUGGGAUUACUCCAUAAAUUGCACCGGAAAUGAAGCUCAUUUGUCUAGCUGUAAGCUGGGCCACACUCUCACCUUCAACGCUAAUAGCAUGUGUGGGCAAGGCAGUCCAGUGGUAGUCAGCUGCAUCCCUGGCAAAGCUUUUGCCCCAACUCCCAUGGCAGGCUACAGGAAGGCUUUCAGACAAGAGCAACCCCUGGUGCGUCUCAGAGGUGGCGCUGUGGUUGGAGAGGGACGUGUGGAGGUGUUGAAGAAUGGAGAAUGGGGCACGAUCUGUGACGAUAACUGGAACCUCCUAUCAGCUACUGUGGUGUGUCGUGAGCUUGGUUUUGGGAGUGCCAAGGAGGCACUUUCUGGAGGUCAGCUUGGACAAGGAAUGGGCCCUGUACAUAUGAAUGAGGUUCAAUGUUCUGGCUUUGAGAAGUCUGUCACGGAGUGUCACUUCAACAUAGAUAAAGACUCUGAAGGCUGCAGUCAUGAGGAGGAUGCAGGUGUUCGGUGCAAUGUUCCCGCUAUGGGCUUCCAACAGAGGUUGCGGUUGAGUGGAGGUCGUAACCCAUUUGAAGGCCGUGUUGAGGUGCUAAUGGAGCGAAACGGCUCUCUGGUGUGGGGCACUGUGUGUGGUGUUGGCUGGGGCACUAUGGAGGCCAUGGUUGUCUGCAGACAACUGGGCCUGGGCUUUGCAAGUAACGCUUUCCAGGAGACCUAUUACUGGCCCGGUGCAGUGAAUGCAGAUGCAGUGGUAAUGAGUGGAGUGAGGUGUGCAGGAACAGAGAUGUCUCUCUCCCACUGUCUGCAUCAUGGAGAAUAUCUCAGCUGCCCUAAAGGUGGAGGACGCUUUGCAGCUGGAGUUUCCUGCUCUGAGACUGCUCCAGAUCUGGUGCUAAACCCUCAGGUAGUGGAACAGACCACAUACUUAGAGGACCGUCCCAUGUUCAUGUUACAGUGUGCCUAUGAGGAGAACUGCCUAGGUUCCACCUCUAGCGCCACGCCAGCCAACUCCUAUCGCCGCCUUCUCCGGUUCUCCUCCCAGAUACACAACAAUGGACAGACUGACUUCAGACCCAAAGCCUCCAGAGACACCUGGGUUUGGCAUGACUGCCACAGACAUUAUCAUAGUAUGGAAGUGUUCACCCACUAUGACCUACUUAGUCAAAAUGGCACCAAGGUGGCAGAGGGACACAAAGCUAGCUUCUGUCUGGAGGACUCAGAAUGCGAUGAAGGAAUUGAGAAGAGAUAUGAGUGCGCAAACUUUGGUGAGCAGGGUAUCACAGUGGGCUGCUGGGAUACAUACAGACAUGAUAUUGACUGCCAGUGGGUGGACAUUACAGAUGUUAAACCCGGAGACUACAUAUUCCAGAUUGUAAUUAACCCCAAAUAUGAGGUUGCUGAGUCGGAUUACACCAAUAACAUUGUCAAAUGCAGAUGUCGAUAUGAUGGUCACCAUAUAUGGAUGCAUAAUUGCCAUAUAGGAGGCUCCUUUAGUGCAGAGACAGAAGACACUUUCCCAGGCUUGCUCAACAACCAGGUGACCCACAGGUAAAACAAACAGGGGUGCUGAGAAACAUGCAGAAAUCCUGGCCAACCAGUGAGAAUACCAAGAGGCCUGAACCACUACACCUAUCUAGAGAACCUUUCAUCUCUCAGCAGUAAUUCAGUGGUGCUACUUCAACUGUGCUCAAAGCCAGCACGGUCCUGUACUGUCCUGACUGAUCAUCCAUUUUUCAAUCAAUAACUCAAAUUUAAGACAGCCCUGCUGAAAAGGCAAGCAUUGCUGGUCACCAGCAUGUCUUAUUUUGGGUACUAGUCCCUAGCAUGUAUGAACCAGUAUGGACCAACAUGAACAUUUAGUUUAACAUGCUGGUUUAAGCUGGUCUUUUCAGCAGGUAGUAAAUUACUCUGAAGACAGCUCUUUGGCUCAGAUUAACAGACUGAAAAGUUGUUUUUCCGUGGCACCACUGUGCUGGUAACGAUUCUGAAACUUCCUUCAAACCUCAUGUUUGCUGCUGGUGUCGAGGAUGAAACUGUGGAUAUACUCAAGUGACCUCACAUCAGACAUGAAAGGAACUCUGGUGCACUUUUUUUUAACUUGAAAGGACUUGUGGUUUAGGUCAUUUUGUAAGUGUUUUGAUAAAGUGAUAGGACAUAAAGGAACAGUUCACACAAAAAUGAAAAUUUGCUGAUAAUUUACUCCAUCCAAGAUGUAUCAGAGUUUCUUUAUUCAUCAAAACAGAAUUUCAUUUCAGCCCUCCUCCUUUAGACAAUGCAAAAUUGCAUAUAUAGGGUGCAUCAAAAUUAUCCACAUGACUCCAGUCAACAAAUAAAGUUCUUCUGAACCCAAACGAUUGAUUAUUUUGAGAAACAAAACAAUACUUAUAUACAUUUUAACUACAAAUGUUCACUUCCGUACAUCUCUGUGAUUUGCGCUCAUUAGAGGGAUGACGUAAGCUCGUUGGUAAGGUUGCACGUCAUGUGGAGGUGGCAGGAAUCACGUCAAUGUUUACAAUAGAAACUUGCAAAGAGCACAGACCAAACACUGUUCAAAAACCAAAACAAUUUCAAAACAAUAUAAAAUAAAAGAAAAAAUAAUAAUGAAAAAAAAAACAAUGUAAAUAAUGACGUGCUUCCUGACUCCUCCACGUGACGUGUGACCUUACCAACAAGCUUACAUCAUCCCUUUCAUGAGCACGCAUCACAGAGAUGUAUGGAAGUGAACAUUUGUAGUUAAAAAGUAUAUAAGUAUUGUUUUGUUUCUCAGAAUAAUAAAUAGAAUUUAUUUAUCGACUGGAGUCAUGUGGAUUAUUUUGAUGCACACUAAAUAUGCAUUGUGGACCGUCAGAAACAUGGAGUACAUUCACUUGCAUUCUUUAAAGGAUGAGGCCUGAAAUUAAAUCUUAAAAGUCUUAAAUUCUGUAUUGAUGAAGAAAGAAACACAUGCAUCUUGGCUGGCCUGAGGGUGAGUAAAUUAUCAGCAAAUUAUUAUUCCUGACUCCUUUUGGGUGAACUAUUUCUUUAAUAUUACAUGAAACUAUAGAAAAAUAAAGGCCUGAAGAGACCUUCUUUUCAUAGUGUCAUAUGCAUUUCAGCUUUAUACUUUGGUAUUCUGAAAACCAGGUUGAUUUUAUUAUAAUAUUUUUUUUUUUUGCUUAUAGAGAUAUUAUUGAUUGUUAUUUAAGUGCCUUAUAGUUUUGUAGUUAAAAACAUAUCUGAUACAGUGGACCAUUAAAAAUAUAUGAUGAGCCCUUCAAUAUUUUCAAACAAUGUCCUAUUUCAUCUCUAUUUUUAGAAAUAAUAUUUAGUUGUAUUAUUGCUUUUCAGUAUUGCCAGCAAUAAUCUUCACUCAUAGGACUAUCCUUAAAUCCAACCAAUCAGAUUGAAAAGGUUUUGUAGCAUACCAGUAGAAGAUGACCCUGUGCAAGCUGUUCUAUUUUCAUUUUCUUGUUUUGCCUUGUUAUUUUUAAGUUGACUUAUGGUCAGUUAUUGUGGACAAUUGUUAUGAAUUAGUUAUGCCCUCCAUUCUGUAACUCCUAUGAAACAAGUCUUUCCAACCAUGUGUGAAAGAGCAUUCUUAAUAUUUCGUCAUACAAGUAUUAAAUAACGUAUUUUAAGACAGGAUUUCAAAAGCCAUUUCCAAAUUUCUUGCUUUUUCAGUGUGGAAUGUCUUUCAUGUGUUAGUCUGUCAGUGGUGCUAAAAUCAUGUUAUCCUCUUGUUUUUUUUGAGGGAACAUCUCAGCUUAUUUAAUAUUAUGCUUACUUGGAUGGAUGUAAAAAUCAUGGAUGUAUGCAAUGUACCGUAAUUAACAAAUAUCUGGCAAAGAAAAACAACAGAUAUUUCAAACAUAUUCCUAUGUUCAUGGCGUUUAGCAGAAACUUGUUUGCAGUAAACAUUUUAGCUGCUAUACACACUUUAUGCACUAGAGGGUCCUCAAGGCACUAAAAGAUAAGUGGCCUUUCAAAUCCUGAAGAAAAGGCCUAAAGUAAUGAAGAUCAAGGGUUAUGUGCUGAAUGCUGUGUAUAUUGUGCGCAACAUGCACAUUUUCUGUAUGCGUGGAAUACCCACAUGACCUACUAUAUUUGCCAACAUUUGCAGUAAACAACCCAAGCACACUGUACGGGGUGCUGUAUCAUACAAUGAAUGCUACUACUACACCCAACUUGAUCUUCCAUUUCAAGUGACAAAUAAACCCCCAAAAAAAUAUUAACCACAACAUCUUGUCUUGCCUCAUUAUCUGACAGGACAGCUAAAAUCUAAAAUAUUUUGACACAAAACUGGACUAAAAAUGCCAAAUUACCUUAUUUAUUUCUAACAUGAUAACUGAAUGACAUUCACUUUAUUAAAAGUGCAACGUAAUGAGGUCCAAUAAACAUGUAGUAUAUUAUUUUUUGAAACAAUUUAUUAUUGCAUACUGUGUACUGUUUCACAUACUAUGCAUUUUUUAAAUAGUUGACACAAGGUAGCAUACAAUAGGUUACUGCACAUAUACGCAAGUUCACUAGUAGGCUAUGGCAUUCAGAAAAUAACUUUUUGUGACCGGAACAUGUAUCUUUGUUUGUAUGUGGCAAUGGUUCAGUACUUUUUCUCUCUGGGCACCCACAUAUGACUCUAAAUAUAAAAUCUAAAUAGUGCAGUGUAUGUGUUUGGCAAUAAUUCCUAUGUAAAGAUUAAUGUCUAUGUGAUCUUUUCUCCUUAAAGCAUUCAGUAGUUUACUGACCAGGGCUAUAUUAUUAAAAAAUA